AUGGCCUUGGCAAAUGGGAUGAAGCCAGUGGUACUAAUGCUGGUGGUUCAGGUGGCUCUCGCGGGAGUCAAUAUCUUCUUCAAGUUAGCCAUAAGCAGUGGCGUGAGUGUACCUGUCCUUAUUUCUUACCGCUUCCUCCUCUCCAGCGCGAUUAUGGUUCCUCUUGCUUUCUUCUUCAACCGGGGAGCACUAGUAUACAAUCUAUAUUUGGAAUGUAUGGCACUAACGUCGGCCACGUUCAUGUCUGCCGUGACUAAUCUUUUACCCGCCAUAACUUUCGUUGUUGGCAUCUCGGUAAGGUUAGAGAAAUUAGAGUUUGAGACAGCAGAAGGGAAAUUAAAAGUAUUCGGGACAUUAGUGGGCUUAGGUGGGGUGAUGCUGUUCACCUUCUACAAAGGCUUUUCCAUUGAUUUCUUGAAGUCCGACAUUAAUCUUCUUCCCCACAAUAACACUAGCCAUGUGGCUUUGCCAAAAUCUGAUCGCCAUGUCUUGGGAGCCUGUUUGGCCCUCGCUGGAUGUGUCUCCAAUGCUAUAUGGAUCAUCAUACAAGCAAAGAUGAGCGAAACAUUGCCUUGCCAUUAUGCUAGCACGGGAUUAAUGAGCGUUAUGGCUUUCUUUCAGUCGACUGUCUAUGCAUUGUGCGUGGAGAGAGAUUGGUCGCAGUGGAAGCUCGGGUGGGACAUUAGGUUAUGGACCGUUGCAUAUUCGGGAACAUUGGGAACAGCACUAAUAGUAACACUAACGGCGAUUAGUUUAAGGCUAAGGGGGCCAUUGUUUGUAGCCGCCUUCAACCCCCUCAUGCUCAUAAUUGUCGCAUUGGCUGGUACUUUGUUCUUGGACGAAAUGCUUUACUUGGGAAGUGUACUAGGAGCAAUAUUGAUUGUAUGUGGGUUGUAUGUUGUGUUAUGGGGAAAACAUAAAGAGAUGAAGAAAAAGAUGAGUGGGCUAGUUCCAUUGGAGGAAAUCCAAACCCAAAAAUCAUUCGAGAAUUUCGUAGCUAGUGGUAGCAAAGGCAGCUCCCCGGCAGAAAUGAAAACUAUAGAAAAAUAA